GUCACACACACAAACACACUCCACAUCAAGACCCCAUUUUUAUAUCAGCAUUUUGAACUUGAAGCAAUAAUCUUUGUUUUCUUCUUCACAAACAUAAAUCAAAUACACAAAAUCUUGCAUUCAAACCAGGGAAUUAGGGAUGGAGUCUGGCAAUGGUGUUCAUGUGGAAGAUGAAAACAGUGUUAUGAAAAUUGAAACUGAUGUAGUGGAUGUAGAUCAUGAAAACUCGGAAGAAGUUAAAGAAUUGGAAGUGACUCAACUGAGUGAGUCUUGUGAGGAUGUUAACGAUGCUAAAAUGAAGAAUUCAGCUGAGGUUGAUGCUAAUGAGGGUACUUCAAAGAACAAGAAAGUGGUCAAAAAGGGACCUAAAAGUGGUCUAACGGGCGGUAAGCCUAAACCUAACUUGACUCAAAGUUUAUCGUUCCCUGCUAAGGCCAGAAACCAUGAUUCCAUGAGAACUAGUGUGGAUGGCCACCCAGGGAAGCCACGAGCUGCAUUGUCAAAUACAAAUGGCGUGAAUCCUGCUACUAGAAGAGCAUCUUCUGGUGCGAAGGCAAAGGAAACAGGGUCAGUCAAUGGUGGUGCAUCUACCCGAAGAACUACUUUGGAUUCAGUUCCAAGUGCACGUGUCUCACGGUCUAGAAAGUCGAAUGGAAGUGAAGAUGCCCCUCCUGCUGCUGAUUCUUCAAGUGUUGCCUCUGAGGGGCAGCAUAAGAACAGUGUGUUGGGCUUUUCUUCUAGAUUGGAAGAGCGUGCUGAAAAGCGAAAGGAGUUCUUUUCGAAGAUAGAGGAGAAGAUUCAUGCCAAAGAAGCUGAGAAAACCGAUCUACAGGAAAAGUCAAAGGAAAGUCAAGAAGCAGAAAUAAAGCAAUUGAGGAAGAGCUUGAUGUUUAAAGCUGCCCCAAUGCCAAAAUUUUACAAAGAACCGCCUCCAAAAGUUGACUUGAAGAAGAUACCAACAACACGUCCAAAAUCUCCAAAGCUUGGCAGGAACAAAAACAAUGUGGCUGUAGCCGGCAAUGGGACCACGGUCACCCCACACGUCACUAAAAACAAGACCGUGUCGUCUAAUUCGAGCACAGCAAACGAUGACAAAAGCACCGCUGUUGCCAAGAAAACGAUCAGGAAAUCUCCAUCCUCUAAAACUGAAGUCAAAAAUGGAAAGUCAAAGGAUAAGUCCAUAGAAACACAUGUCCAAGAAGAAGAAAAAUCAUGCGAUAACCAAAACCAGGAAAGCCCGCCUCCAAACCCUCCUGCAGCUGAAGCUCAGAUAGAAGUCAAUGUCAAAAUGAAUGCAGACAUCACUGUUGAAGGCUAAAGUAUGCGGCCACAUUUGUUUAAUAUCUGUAUCUAAUAGAAAUCUUUUUCUGUUUUUCAAGUUGUUAAGGGUUUCCGUGUUUGUGAAUAGCGAUUGUAAGUUACUGCCACACGUUCAAUCAUUUACCGGUUUAUGAUUAUAUAUGAUGCUGUAUGAAUCUUUUUUUCUUUAAUUCCAAAGUUGUAUAAUCUAUCUGCAGAAA